AUGAUAGAGUGGAUAAGAUCUCAACUCGAUCUUUUCGACCUUCUAAUCAUCACAAUUGUUGGACUCGUAACUUUUUAUUAUUUCCGUAGCAAACGUGCGAGUGGAGACAAGGAGACUUCUCAACUAAGGUCUAGGGGGCCCUCCCAUGCUACCGCACCUAAGGUUUUAAGCGGUACUGAAUCUCCAAUAGCAAAAAUGCGUGAAGAGGGUCGCCAGAUUUUGAUACUGUUUGGAUCUCAAACUGGAACAGCGGAGGAACUGGCAGGGCGUUUGGCGAAUGAUUUGCAAAUAUUUAAACAAAAGGCUGUAGUGCUAGACCCAGAAGAAGUAGACUUGGAGGAUUUCGUAACUUUUACCAAAAUUCCCAAUGCUCUUUUGAUUCUUUGCAUGGCUACGUACGGCGAGGGUGAUCCAACGGACAAUGCAGUUCAGUUUCACGAAUAUUUUAAACACACGGGGACGGAUCUGCAUGGGAUCAGAUAUGCAGUAUGA